AUGUCCGCCCCUACCACCAUGAAGGCCGUCGUCAUCCAGGGCCCCGAGAAGGUCGCUGUUCUCGAGCGCCCCAUCCCUAAGCCUGGGCAGGGCGAAGUGGUGGUCAAGGUCAACCUGGCCGCCCUUUGUGGUUCGGACUUGCACAUCUACCGUGGUCACCAGCCUGUCCCCAAGUACGACUUUGUCCUCGGUCACGAAUUUGUCGGUGAGAUCCAUGAGACGGGUGCUGGCAUCAAGAACUGGAAGAAGGGCGACAAGGUUGUCUCUCCUUUCACCAUCUCUUGCGGUGACUGCUUCUUCUGCAAUCGCAGUCAGACUGGGCGAUGUACGGAAUCGCGUGUCUUUGGCUCUGUUCCUCUCGACGGUGCACAGGCAGAGUACGUGCUGGUUCCACUGGCAGACACGACGCUGUACGCGAUCCCUGAAGAUGUGCCCGAAGAGAUCAUGCUGCUUACCGCCGACAUCUUCCCCACGGGCUACUUUGUCGCUAACAACGCCUAUACCAUGCUCAACGAAACUGAGCGAAAGGAUGUGACAGCUGUUGUGAUCGGAUGCGGUCCUGUCGGUCUCUGUGCCAUCACUGCUGCUUGUUCUUUCUUCAAGAGGGUCUACGCUAUCGAUUCUGUGCGCGAACGUCUUGCGGAGGCCAAAAAGCACGGCGCGAUCGCUCUCCACCUCACGGACGAUGAUCCGGUCAAGAGGCUCAAGGAAGCCACCGAGGGUCGAGGUGCUGAUGUUGCACUCGAGGUCGUCGGUGCUGAGCCUGCACUCCAGCUUGCCGUCCAGAUCGUCCGCAGCUUCGGCGUUGUCUCGUCUUGCGGCAUCCACACUCACGCCGUCAAACUGGAAGGUCUGGAUCUUUACAACAAGAACCUGCGAUUCCAGUUCGGUCGAUGCCCAGUUCGCGCAGUCUUCGACCCGGCUGUCAAGCUUCUCUCCAAACACCACGACCUGUUCAAGAGCUUCAUUCAGCACACGAGACCUAUCGAGGAUGCUCCCGAGUACUACAAGCUGUUCAACGAACGGAAAGUGCUCAAGACUGUCUUCAAGAUGAACCAGGCUAACUAG